UAAGUCUUUUUAGAACAAUAUACAAUGGGCCACCAAAAGUCAAAAUUGACUCCUUCAGAUCUCACAGAAAUUGCCAACAGCACUGAAUUCACUGAAUAUGAAAUUCAGCAUUGGUACAAAUCUUUCAAAAAAGAUUGUCCGUCUGGGAUACUUUCACUAACUGAAUUCAAGAAGCUUUAUGGUGAAUUCUUUCCGUAUGGAGAUGCUUCGUCUUUCGCAGAACACGCUUUCAGGACAUUUGACAAGAACAAAGACGGAACAAUCGAUUUCCGAGAAUUUAUGAUUGCACUUUCGGUGACAUCCAGAGGAAAUUUUGAUGAUAAAUUACAAUGGGCUUUUAAUAUGUACGACCUUGACAAGGACGGCCACGUGACUAAAGCAGAAAUGUUGGAAAUUAUAAGGGCUAUAUACAGGAUGGUCGGAAGUAUUUUGGCGGCGAAUAUGCAAGACGAUCUUACUCCAGAACAAAGAGUGGAUCGAAUAUUCGAAAAAAUGGAUAAGGAUCACGAUGAACAAAUCACAGCAGAAGAAUUUACCGUAGCGGCAAAGGAAGAUCCCAGUCUUGUCAUGCUAUUGCAAAUGGGGCAGCAACAACCCCAGGGAAGUGCUUGAUUGGUCUUCUCCAUCGUUCUUUUUUAAAUAUCGAUUCAUCUUUGAUCAAGCAUGAGCGGAGGUACAAACUGUUUUGGAGCUGAAACAGUGUAAUUUUAUCUGUCAAUUAUUUUUAGACGAAUAAUCGAAAUAUAAAUUGCUUCUUUUUGACUAAACUCACGCAUAAGUUUUAUAUACUAAGCGAGUACCAGACUGACUCUAACAAAUGCUCAUAUGACUCCAUAUUAUAAUGUCCAAGUUUUCGGUCCCUACUUGAUCCUGUGAACCCGAUUUUCCUCCGAAUAUUUGUAUUCUCCCAUUUUCGUUUCGCUUGCUAUUUUACUCUUUGUCUUCUUUCUGAAUAUCUUUCCUGUGUACAGAAAAUGCUUCUGCAAUAUUAUUAUGAUUUGUACUCGUGCAAAAACUGCUAGUUGCAAAUGUGGGAUUUUGCUUGAAAAUAAAAGCAUGUGCUCACGUAAUUCACUGUUUAAAGUUGUCUAGGUUAUGAUUCAUUUGACAAAACAUUGAAAUGACCACGAGUGUCAAAGCAGCUUUAAUUCAAUUGAACGAUUAUUGAAAAAAGUGAUGGCAUAAACGUAGUCAAUGUUUUGUUAGUUAAGCAGAAAAUUCCAUAAGAAAAAAUUCCAUUUCAAAAAAUUAAACAUAGUCAACCCAGGUUGAUACGCGAGUCUAUAGCCACCUAUGCAUUUUCCGUAUUUCCAUUGGUGGAUAAGCAUGCUUAAAUCAAAAAAUACAUUUGCUAGAGUAAGGAUG